UGAUUACAGCUGCCGGAGUCUCACAUUUAAUAGGACCGUCAAAGUUUAAAGAGUGACAUUUCGCCCAGCGGUUAGUAUCUCACAAAGGCAGAUCAAUGGAUAUUUUUUCUUUACUUUGUACGGUUGUGGUGGUUUUUACAGGUUUGACCAAAGGAGUUGGUGUACUGCCAGACGGUCCUCUGAACGCAGCUGUGGGAGCGACAGUGAGGUUCAACACAACUCUGACUCCACCAGAAACACCAUUUCUAACAGUGAGGUGGAAAUUUGGUGACACGGUAAUAAUUGAUUACCUGGGUGCCAACAUCACUCAUCCGGAGUACGAGGGCAGGAUCACUCUCUUCAUAUCUACUGGAUCUCUGGAGCUCAGGAACGUGACUUCUAACGACAGUGGACAGUACAGCGUUUCCCUUACAGGUACAGCACUAAUAGAGGAUGGGAGAACAGAACUGGGCGUACAUGUUCCAGUUUCUGAUGUCACGGCAACAGCCAGCAGCAGGGACUUGCAGGAGGACACCUCUGUCCGUCUGUCCUGCUCCUCCUAUGGAUCCUCUCUGUCUUUCCUCUGGCUCAACGGCAGCUCUCAGCUUACAGCCGGCGACAGAGUUCAGCUCUCUGACGGAGGCGCAAAUGUCACAAUUAAUGUGACGCGCUACGACCAGGGAACAUUCAGGUGUCGUGUGUUCAACCUUGUCAGUGAAGCCACGAGUGAUCCAAUAAGCCUCUCCAUCAGCUUUGGCCCAGAAAAUAUUAAUUUGACAAUAUCUCCGUCACUUGAGCACUAUGAUGAAGGAUCAAAAAUCAGGCUGACGUGCUCAUCUGAGUCCAGACCUGCUGCCCAAUUUAUGUGGUUUCUAAAUGGAGACAAGCUGUCUGAGAGCCCAGAGCUCAGUCUGGAUAAUGUUCAGGAGAACCAGAGUGGGAACUACUACUGUCAAGCCUCGAACAACAAAACUCUGAGAUCAAUACAAUCUCAGCCUGCAGCCGUCUCUGUACUGAAGAGAAUAUCAGGUGCUUCUGUCACAUCGCAAACAAACCUGUCAAUUGAGUGGAACUCUUUCAACUUGUCAUGUGACGCUGGUGGCUCGAUGAUCUCCAGAGAGUGGAAGAAGGACGGCGUGAAGCUCACUCCAGAUGACCACCUGUCACUUCAGGAGAACAACAGAGUGCUGACUUUCAACAGUCUCAGGAGAAACGACACCGGAGUUUAUUUAUGUAACGUCACCAACCCUGUGAGCCAAGAAGGAGCUGAAUACAAGAUGGUUGUUUACUAUGGACCAGAAAAUGUUCAAAUCAAAGGUCCAAGUGAUAUUGAUUUGAAAACGACGUUAACAUUAACUUGCUCUGCUGAGUCCGUACCUGCUACUUACACCUGGAUGCUGAACUCGACAGAGAUACACAAUUCUGCCGUUUACACUAAAGACAACACUGAACCUUCUGAUGGCGGCAACUACACCUGUGAAGUGAUGAAUAAUGUGACUGGGAGAACAUCGACAGCGCUCCAUGGAUUGUCUGUAACAGUUCACCCUCCAGGCACAUCAUCACCAUGUUCGGCUGGUUGCAUCGCUGGAAUAGUCAUCGCAGUUUUAGUCGUCUUAGGAGCAGUUUGCGGAGCGAGCUUCUUAUAUUACAAAAAAAAACCAGCAAACAAACACUCCAUCAGAAGCCCAACCGCUCCAACAGGAGCUGAAGGCCAGGACAACAAAGCAUGCACAGACUUGGCCUAUGCAGAUAUCACUACUUUCCAUAGAAGAGACGGUGGGACAGUGCAGCUCGGGGUUCAGCCUGACGCAUCAGAAUAUGCCCAGAUCAGAGAGAACGACCGUCCUCCAGAUGCCUCCUCCCGUCCCACCUACGAUGACCACCUGCAGCGAAAGAAGAACCAGGCUCCUCAGCCUCCUUCUAACAUCUCACAGCUUUACGCUGAGAUUAAAAAGAACUGACCUUACUGGAAGUGACGGGUUAUAUGGAGGCCACAAGCAUCUGAUAUGUGGUCAUGAAACACUCCCCUCUCAGUUUUUAUAGAGGACUCAUUCUGAACUGUGUUUACCAUGUCGAUGCACUUUAGCGGUGGUUAAUAAUUGCACCAGGUUAUGACAGUCGUUGCCAUAACUGAUGUCAGGCGCCACAAUGUUCGCCUGUAAGUUUGCAUCUGACAUAAUAGCUUUUCUUUGUUUGUUUGUUGGUGUCAAUGCUUGAUUCCACACGGGUUUUGGAUUUGUUUUCACAUAUAUUACGCAUUUUAGAAAAACUAAACAUUGUUGACAAUAUGUAAUUUA